GCGAGAUCAAAGCGACAAGGAGUAUGUACCAGUACCAGUCGGUGGACCAGCAGGAGCCGAUGCUCGCCGGCGACAAGCGCGGUGGCCCGGCCGGCCCCGUCCAGUCGAUGCGCCGCGAGACGGCGACGGCCAAGUGCAACGAUGGCAUCUUCGCGCUUCUCUUCAUCGGCCAUCUCGUCGCGAUUGCCUACUUUGCGUUUACCAAGGGCCUCGACUUUAUCAACCAGUACGAGAAGGACCACCCGGCGCCCGAGGCGCAGAAGGGCCUCGGCGUCGUGCUCGGCGUUAGCGGUGGCCUCAUUGGCGUCUCGGUCCUCUUCUCGGCGAUUUGGAUGAAGCUGCUCAUGGCCUUUGCCGAGCACAUGAUCAAGUUUGCUCUCUGGACGAACGUCGGCUUGCUCUUUGGCUUUGCCGUCGUCACACUGUUUGUGAACCCGAUCAUGCCCUUCAUCUUUCUCUUCCUCGCGGCCAUCAACAUUUGCUACAUUUACGCGGUGCAGAACCGCAUUGGCUUUGCGUCGGCCAACCUCAAGAUUGCGUGCUCGGCGCUGAACGAGUACGUUUCGAUCUUUGGCGUCGCGAUCUUCCUCCUCGUCAUCCAAGUCAUCUGGGUUGCGGUCUGGGGCCUCAGCACGGUCGGCGUCUACCAGAUGUUCCGCACGGCGGACCCGCACUGCGCCGAGGAGGAGGCCCGCGGCAAGGUCUGCGGCGGCUCGGGCUUUGGCGUCACCAUGUUCUUCCUCCUCGUGAGCGUCUUUUGGGGUCAGCAGGUCGUCCAGAACGUGCUCACGACGACGGCUGCGGGCACGGUCGCGUCUUGGUGGUACCACUCGUCGCCCACGAGCGGCGUCGGCGGCGCGCUCUACCGUUCGAUGACGUCGUCGUUUGGGUCCAUCUGCUUUGGCUCGCUCAUCGUCGCCGUGCUCUCGGCCAUGCGCACGAUGGCGCGCGUGAUCCGCAACCAGGCGCAGCAGGACGACAACGCGGCGCUGGCGUGCGUCGCGUGCCUCGCCGAGUGUGUCCUCAACUGCAUUGAGAACAUUAUGGAGUACUUCAACCAAUGGGCCUACACGUACGUGGGCAUCUACGGCUUUGACUUUCGCACGAGCGGCAAGGCGGUCAUCGACCUCUUCAACAACCGCGGCUGGACCGCCGUCAUCAAUGACGACCUCGCGUCGACGGCGCUCACGAUUGGUGCGUUCGGCGUCGGCAUUCUCUCGUGCUGCCUCGGGCUUCUCGUCGCGCAGUUUGCGCCCAUCCAUUGGCAGAGCCAGCUCGGUGCCAACAUGGACCAGACGACGGUCUUUGUCAUUUUUGGUACGAUUGGGUUCAUUGCCGGCGUCAGCAUGGCCAUGAUCCUCGCCAACCUCGUCAUCACGGCGCUUCACACGAUUUUCGUGUGCUUUGCCGAGGACCCGAUGUCGUUCCAGCGCGCGCACCCGGAGCACUACAGUGAGCUCGUCAUGGCGUGGCGUCACUUUCAGCCGGAUGCGCUCGUCACGGCCUAUGGCUCGUACGUCUAAACGAUAGCGGAGCAUGCAUCCCAGUCAUCUUCAUGAGCUGCAAAUACAAGCUUGAUGCAUUCGAUCG